UUAUCUACCUCUUCCCCUAUCGCUCCCUUCUUCAAGCUCCUCGCUAAUGGCGAUGGCGAGCUCUUCCUCAGCGCUCAUUUUCCUAAAACCCGUACACACCUCUCCUCCUCCAACCCGUCCUCUUCUGCUCCCUCCUCCCGUCCCGACUCCCCCUCGCGCCGUCUUCGCCUCCUCCCUCCGCCACGCCGUCGACGGCCCUCGCUCCUUCAGCCGUCGCACAGCCUAUACGAUCCGCGCGACUGCUGUUGGUUCUGACUACUCGUCUAGGAGGGGAGGCGGUAGCAGCGACGAACCCAGGGAGACGAUCCUGCUUCCGGGUUGCGAUUAUAACCAUUGGCUCAUCGUGAUGGAGUUUCCUAAGGAUCCAGCGCCCACGCGGGAGCAGAUGAUCGACACCUAUCUAAACACCCUUGCUACUGUCCUUGGAAGCAUGGAAGAAGCUAAGCAAAACAUGUAUGCUUUUAGUACAACAACCUAUACUGGUUUCCAGUGUACCGUAUCUGAAGAAAUAUCAGAAAAGUUCAAGGGUAUCCUUAGUUCUGUGAGAAUUUACCUGUAUUUUGAAAGUUCAUCUAUAAUGCAUGUUCAAUGUUUUUGCUAUCUUGCAGGAUUACCGGGUGUUCUUUGGGUACUACCUGAUUCAUAUAUCGAUGUUAAGAACAAAGAUUAUGGAGGUGACAAAUAUAUAAACGGGGAGAUAAUCCCAUGCACUUAUCCUACUUAUCAACCAAAGCAACGCAGCUCAAAGAAUGAAAGCCGAAAAUAUGUGAGACGGAGGGAUGGCCCCCCGCCUGAGCGCAGAAGAGCAGGUGGAGAACCCUCUCAGGCUGGAUCCGCCUCUGCCUGAGUAAUGCAGUACACUGCUUGGGAAUUUAGUCUCAGUUGGUUAAUUUCGCUCUUUCGUAAGUUAUAGUUAUCAUGUUGAAGGUCUUGAAGUUGAGAUCCAUGAACAACUCAUUUUAUGUUACUUUUAUGUAAGCUGACUAAUGAAACUGAUUACUAUGUUAUUUCCGUGUCGAUGACGGUUUGGUCGAUAUAGUUUGAUUAUAUUUAUCCUAA